GCCAGAGUCAAGCUUUGCUGGGCGCUGGAGAAGCACCAGAGGCCGCAGCGGCACGCAGAACCGCUGUGGUAGUGACCUGACGUCAUACCUCGAGCCCUACGACGAAGACGGCACGCGUAGAGACGGCGUAACCGCAGAGCGGGAACGCUCGGCUCACAGCAGUGACCGCCUCCUCGCGACGCGCGCAAGCGCACGGCUCGAGAUUUCAAGAGUAUAGCGAUGGAAGUAGAAGCGCCGCCCAGCGAGACAGGGCUCGCGGCCGUAGACCGGGAGCCGUGCCAGGGCCGCGCCGGGUCGCCGUCACGCAAGGACGCCAUGGACGUCAGCAACUGCGCGCCGGCGCCGGCGACCGUAACCGAAGCCGCGCCGGUCGCCGCCGCCGCCAUGGACGUCGACGCCGACCAAAAAGACGUCCUGUGCACCGUCUGCGCACUGACGCUCCCACCUUGUCUGCCAUGCCUCCCCCACCCGCGCCUCGAAGGCAAGAUCGACGUGGCCUGCUGCGGCGUCUGUGCCGACGAAUUGGAGCAGGCCGACGAGGACGAUGAGGACGACGACGCCUGCGCCUGGUGCGACGACGGCGGCGAGCUCCUUGUCUGCGACGGCUGCGAGCGGGCCUUUUGCCGAAAUUGUUUACAAAGGCACUGCGGCGCGUCGUACGUAGAACAAGCUUUAAGUGCGGACGAGUGGGACGGGCCCUGCUGCCGGCCGCCGCCGGCCGUCGAGUCCUUGGUCGCCGCGGCGGCCCCGCGGCUGGCCGACGAGUCGGACGAGGAAGAGGACUCAAUAAAAGCCGAGGCGCGGCUCCUGGCCAUCGAGAGCGAGCUCGCAGCGGCCCAGGAGGCUCUGGAGGAGGAGACCGUGGAGCGCCAGAAGGCUGAGAUUCGAGGCGAGCUCGCCACGACACAUACUGAUGAUCUCGACGAGUUGGUGGACGCGGAGCUGGCCGAGUGGACGCGGCUCUGCGAGAAGCGGCUGGCGAACUGCGAGCGGGAGCACGCGCACGCGCAGGACCGGGCGGAGCGCGCAGGCGUCGACCUCGGGGCGUUCUACGCGGCCCUCGCGGCGGCCGACUCGUCGGUAAAUUGCGACACGGACGCCUGGCGCCGCGCGCCGAAGUUGGCCUUGAGACGCAACGGGCGCGUGAGGGAGGCCGCGACCGGCGAGCAAAUGGACGACGCGAGCGACGACGACGUCGCGUCCUACGAAAGCAUAGAGGACGCGAUCGCACGUAAAGAAGUCAACGAAGCGAACAAGGCCCUCGCGGAGGCGCGGCCGGUCAAGAAGAAGCGGGGCGCCGACGGCUCGGUCAAGCUCCAAUGCAUCGGCGCCGACGGCUCCAAGGCGGCCUAUGGUGGCGCGGCGGGAUUCGAGGACAUGCGCAGGAAGCAAUUGGGCGAGGCCGUCUUCGAGCGGGUCUAUGCCUCCACGAAGCCCCAGAAAUCACGAGAAGAUGUAUCUGACAUCGACGGCGAGGAUGAGGUGGAGGACCUGUAUGAAGGUACGGACAACCCUGAUUAUACUGGUAGUAGAGUCACCUCACAAAUGGUCGCCGCCGCGCUCGAAGCCGAGGACGCGAAGCAAGCAAGACGGCCCGUUUCAAGAAGGGAGAAGAGUGACCGCGACGAAGACGAGGCCGGGAAAGGGAAAAGACGGCCUCGCGCUAGGAAACCUAGGAAGAAAGUACAACGAGAGUCCAUCCCUCGGGACGGCGCGGCGUGUUUGGUGUUGGUGCCGGCGCGCGGCGGCGAACCUCGAAGGAUGCAAGCCGUCGCGCCCGACGCUUCGCUCAUUCUGGGCCGGGACUACAGCGACUCGAAGCCACCUGAUAAUUUCUUCGCGGCGUGCAGUAACGAGAAAUGCACCAAAAUCUCCCGGAGUUUAGUCAGGAUCGAGACGAAGGACAACAAAAUCACCGUCGCGAACCUCGCGAAAAAAGAUACGCAGCGCGUUUUGUUGGACGGCGUCGUCGUCAAAUUCGACGCGCCCGUUCCAGUAACAGGGACGGCGCCGUUACAUCUAGGUAGUGCCCUCGUGUGUAAAGAGGGAGGCGACGUCCGCGCGUACGUCGUCACGCCGACCGACGAUAAAUUCUUAUUACCGGUUGAUGACGGUUUUGACUUUGCGGAUGAUGAUCAUGACAAGAAAAGAGGAAGGGAGCCGUCGGGCGCCGCCGACGACCCCAUCUGCCUCGAGGGCGACGAGGGCGCCGCGGAGGACGACUUGUUUGCGCGUAAGAAGAAGAAGAAGAAGGUCGGCGCCCCGUGUGGAAAUCAAAACUUUACGGCGUGGCGAUGCCGGUUCCUCACCGCGAGAACCCGACUCACUGGUUGGUUUCCACACAGGUCGCGAUAACCAUCGACGACGAUGAUGUGGAAGCGGCCACGUCGAAGGCGCGGGAGGCGGAGCGGCGGAAGCGUGAAAGAUUAGCGAGGGAUGACGGCGAGGGCUGGCUCGCGACGGCGCCGAAACAGGCCGCCGACGCGGAAUUGCGAGAAGUAGACUUAGCUUGCGAAGACUUGGACGUGCCGACGAUCCAAUUGACGGAUGACGUCGCGUUCCCUCGAUAUCUUGGGCAUGCAUUGAAGCAGCAUCAGGUCGAGGCGUGCAAGUUUAUAUAUGCUCAAACGAUAGAGUCUUUACGAGCGCUAGAAACGGGUUCGCAGGACGACGCGCCGCUCGGCUGUGUUCUGGCCCAUUCCAUGGGUCUCGGGAAGAGCUUGACGUGCAUCGCUUAUCUGUCGGCGUUGAUGCGUAAUUCAAGAGCUCGAGCACAUAUCUCCAAAGCACUCAUAGUGUGUCCUACGAACGUCGUGUACAACUGGCGUUCCGAAGUCGAAAAGUGGUGCAAGAGAGAUGAACCUUUAAGGAAGAAAAUCUUCAUGAUCGAUAGCAAGGCCGGCCCGGAAGGUAGAUUGAGGAACCUCGAAGCGUGGCUGCGCACGGGCGGUUUAGCUAUUGUAGGGUACGACACCAUGGCCGCCAUGUGCAAGGACAUAAAACCGAAGAAGGAUGAAGAUCCGAGACAGUUCGAGUAUCGACAGGAGGACUUGCAGAGAGCUAGACGUUGUUUGCAGGAUCCAGGUCCUGAUGUUUUAGUCCUGGACGAAGCCCACGGCCUCAAGAAUUCUAGAUCCCACAAGCACCAGGUCAUCUCGGCCGUGAGGACGAAGCGACGAGUGGCACUGACGGGAACACCCCUCCAAAAUAAUCUGAUGGAGUACCACGUCAUGGUGUCUCUCGUGAGGGGUCCCGUGCUUGGUAGUUCUGCGGAGUUCAAGAAGCGCUUCCAGGACCCUAUUGACAAUGGUUUGAUGGUCGACAGCGAGCCGCGAGACGUCAAGCGCAUGAAGCGUCGCUUAUUUGUUUUGAACAAGGAGAUCAAGGACUUUGUGUUGCGGCGGGACGAGACGUUACUCGCGCGCGAAUGCCCGGGCAAGACCGAAUACUUAGUUGUAGCUAAGUUACAACCUCUCCAACGACGGUUGUACGAAGGGUAUUUUAGGGUAGCCAAACCCAAGGCCGUCGAGGCGCACAUGGCGUUGUUGCGGCUCGGCAACCACCCGUCGACGCACCUCUGCAACGACAACAAGGUCGGUCACGCUCUGUUGAAUAGGAGGCCGUCGCCGGUACCCGUAAGUGAGGGAUGGGACUGGGCGCACGAGACCGAUCAAUUGCUAGAUGGUAGCGAUGCGGGAGCCGCGUCUUUAUCUUCCAAAGUAGUACUGUUCUUAGAAAUACUAACGGAAAGUUUGGAGCGCGGCGACAAGGUCGUCGUGUUUACGCAGUCACUAGCUACCUUGAGCUAUUUGACACACGUGCUCCAGACGGACACCUGGGGCAAUUAUUUGCCACAGAAAGAUGACAAGCGAGGUGCUUGGCAGAACGAGACGGAGUUCUUCAGUAUUCAGGGCGGCGACUCGGCGCAGGAGCGGCAGCGGCUCGUGGAGAAGUUUGAAAGUUGCAAGGAUCGGGCUCGCUUGUUUCUGUUAUCUACCAAAGCGGGCAACGUCGGCAUCAACCUCGUAUCAGCUAACAGGGUGGUAUUGUUUGAUACGUCGUGGAAUCCCGCGCAAGACCGCCAGGCGCUGUUCCGAUGUUUUAGGUUUGGCCAGGACAAGCACGUGUACAUUUAUAGAUUGGUCGCGGAGGGGUUUGAGAAGCGCGUGCACGCGCGGGCGGCGCAGAAGAACUUUCUAGCUUUGCGCGUGGUGGACGACAAGGCGUUCGAGCGGAUGUAUAAUGGGGACGAGCUGGGGAACGCCAUGAGAUUAGAAGAAGGUCCCAUGCGCGUCGACUCGGCGUCGGACGAUGAUGAAGAAGAAGAUCAAGUGGAGGCGCCGCCGGAGCCGCCGGAGGAUGCAGUGCUGGCCGCAGUUCUAGAGAGGCGGUCAUCGAUGGUCGCGUCGGCCAUCGCCACUGAUACCUUACUGGUUGAAAAUGAUGCUGAACGUCUAGAAAAGGGCGAGGAGGCCGACGCCAUCGACGAGUACGAGCGCGAGCGCGACGGGCGGCCGACGCGCGCCGAGGAGGAGCGGCGCGCCGAGAUCCGACGCCAGUACGAGGCGGAGGCGGCGCAGCGCGAGGCUGCGGCGCGGGAAGCGCGGGAGCGCGCCGAGCGCGAGAAGCGGGCGCCGCUGCCCGCUGGCUGGAGGCGGUACGGGAACACGCGGCCGAAUGCUGCAGUCAAGCCGUACUAUUAUCAUAACGCCGAGUUACGCACAGCAGGCGCGCCACCCAGCAUUCACACGAUCUGGGCGCACCCCGGGCUGACGCCGCCCGAGCCUUGGGUGCCGCCCGCGCCCGCGCCCGCCGCCCACACCCUGGCCGCCAACGCGCCCUUUGACGCGGCCGCGCCCUUGGUGGCGGCGCUGGCGACGCUACCUGCGCCCGCGCCGGCCGUGGCGGCGCCGACGGUGCCGACCUGGCCGGCGCCCGCGCCCGCGCCGUUCGCGAUGCCGACGGCGUUGAACGUGGCGGCGCCAGGAGGGCGGCGCCAGGCGGCGCCGUUCGCGGCGCCGGCGGCGGCAGCAGCGGCCCUCGACGCCUCGAUCGCGAUGCUGGCGCGGCCCGACGCGACGCCGCCGCGCGGGGCCUCGAUCGACCUCACGGCGGAGGAGAGUCCCGGCCUGGAAUGCGUGCCGCGGAAAGUAGCGCGCGCCUCGACCGGCAGCCGGGUCACGGACAGGAAGGCGCUGGAGGAGCGCAUGGCCGCCGACGGCUGGACCAAGGAGGAGAAGCAGCGCGAGGGCUCUGCCACCGUCGACAAGUACUGGAUCGAUCCUAAUGGAGGCAAGAAGUGCCGCUCGAUCAUCGAGGUCGCCCGGCGCGCCUAUCCCGAAUACGUCUCCGAGUCGGCGGCGGCGACCAGAACCGCAAAGAAGUCGCUGGAAGACCUCAUCGGCGAGCGGCUCAUCGCGCCGGGCCCCAUCGUCUUCUCCUGGCCGAUGACUGGGGAGGUCCGCGUCCGCGCCGAGGGGAUACUGAACGCGAGCGGCAAGAUCUGGUAUGAAGGCAACGAGUACGUGCCCACCGGAUUCGCGCGGCGCGCCUUCCAAGCCUGCAACGUGGAUCCCUCGGCGACGGGGACGACGUUCAUCAACGGCUACGACUACCUCACCAUGAAGGGGAGUGGCGUGCGCAUCAAGGAUCUGAGGUAGUGUGUAAGAAGUGUGA